AAUUCGAAAGAAUCUCUUGGAAACGCCAGGCAGUUGUUACGGUAGCAUCCUGUCUCGUUGACUAACCCUAAUAAGUUUUUGUGCGUUAAAAUAUACAAAAUUCGGUAUUGUCACUUUUAUUAUUGACGAUCCUUCGACAGAUUGAGAAUUGAAUUUAACUAUAUCAAAUAUUAAAUGCAGUUGAAUGAAAAUGUGGUUGUUGGACACCUCAUAAGAUUAUUUCCCUCAGGCUUCUAUUUCUAGCUGCAGCUCUAUUAUUCAGCAAAAACUUAAAUCUUGUUUUUCAAUAGGUUUUGAAUCUCGCAGUCACUUAAAAUGUUAAUAUUUAUGACGUCUAACUAAGACACGCAUCUACUUCCGUAUGUGUUUACUACAGGGAAGAAAUUUCCCAUUGGUCGCGACUGUUCCAAACAAUACUUGUCUUAAGCUUUAGUCUAUUGUUCUCGGCAACUUUAAUUAAAAGAGCUAAAACUGCUGUGAGUCAGAUGUACUGAUGAACUACGAGUAAUAACGUGCCAGUCGCCAUGAAUAACACCGCAAAGCCGUUAAAAUUAAGGAGCAUCUUCCCUCCGUUGGACGACAGAACCACUGCGCAAGUUGUUUUCGAAGUGGGAUUUGCGUCUCUGAUUCUUGUUUUGGCCGCGCUUGGAAAUUUCUUAAUGAUGUUGGCCAUGUACAAGAAGAAACAACUGCGAACCAUACCCAACAUAUUUGUCUUGAAUUUAUCAGUGGGAAACUUUCUCCUGGCUGUCACAGUUCUACCUGUGUUUGUGUGGACUCUUGAAAAGGGACACUGGACAUUUAGCGCAGCAUUUUGUGUAAUUCAAGGAUAUCAAAACUAUCUUUUGUUCGCCCUUACUUUAUUCACACUGACCGCGAUAAGUGUAAGUCGUUACAUGUUGAUCUGGUCUCCCAACAAAUACCGAAGAUUAUUUGACAAGAAACUUGUGCGGAAAAUAAUCUGUUGUAUUUGGAUCUGCUGCGUUGUUAGUUGCAGUCCACCUUUGUUUGGAUGGGGACGUUACAGUUUUAAUCCGCGAACGGCCUUAUGUCACACAGACAAUACGAGCUAUUCCUUCAAAAUCACUGCCAAUACAUUCAUGCUAAUUGAUAUUAUCACCGUGGUUUUUUGCAACGUAAAAAUUGUGAAGACGGUGAACGCCCAUCGGAGAAAAAUCGCUGUUAAGCAGGAAUUUUCUCAGAGUAACCUUACAUUAGCGAAGAAAAUCCAUGGCGGCGAGGUUGAACAUGAUACAGACAAAAAUCUUGGCAAUAAAACGUUCAAUGUCUUCAAUUCACUUGGCGCUCAAAAACAUAAAAAGUGUUGGACAAAAGAACAGUUAGGACCUAGCAAUAACAACUGUGGCGUUAGCGCUGUGAGAAUUAUUUUCGUUUCAGAAAAACACCGAGACUGUACCCCUAUGGAGGAAAAGCCUACAGACUUUAACGCUGUAAACAAACGUGAAGAAGAUCAUCUUCGACAACUUCAUUAUGCCGAUUCACAAGUUGUCUGCUGUAGCAAGAUUACAACAGAACAAACGAUGGAAAGUAAGCAACAAUUACAAACUAAAGAGAUUCGCGGAGAUGAUAUUCAUAUAACGCGAACCAUCUCGCUUAUCGUGCUUGUGUUUUGUUUCUGUUGGCUGCCAUGUUUCGUCAUGGACAGCAUGGACGCGGCUGGCGUUUUCCCGCCAAGAAAUCUUCGAAUGGCGGGAAUUUACUUGAUUUUUCUGGACAGUGUGGUCGGACCGUUCAUAUACGGAAUAAGAAACAGGAAAUUGAGAAAAGCGUUUAUGGAGGUGUUAAAAUGCGGCAUCUAGUCGGCAGCAAUGUAGUCUACGAAUCAUUAAACGUUUGUUAAUGAGCAUCAAAUUUAAAACCGAUUCAGUUGUUAUAUUUUUAUGGACGUUGCCAAUGACUCUCAAGAGGGUAAAGAUUAGGUGUUCAUAGCGAAAUACCUUCAAGUGUGUAUUGUUCUCGACAGGAUGUCUGAAAAGCACUUAACAGAUACUGAACUAAAUAUCUCUCAAGCGGCUAUCCUCUCUUUGUGUUGCUCGCUUUGUGUUUUACCCCAGCUGCAACAGCUGUUGGUUGGUGCAUUAGCUAGUAAAAACUGAGCUUGUUUGUUUUGAUUUGACGAGCUGACACCGGCUGUUUGGCGUCCCUGAAUAAAAUAUAUAAGUUUUCAGGCUUCGUGUAUGAAAGACAAUACUUUUUUUAUGAAAGACAAUACUUUGUCUAGAACUUGUUUUAAACUUUCUAACUGAUCAUGUUGUCUUUGUAUUAAAGGAGCUCAGUCAUGUUAUUUUGAGUUAUUUUGGCCA